AUGGUUUCUCUUGUCUACACCGCCUUCGAACUCGUCGAAGCCGAAUCUGCGGCUCAAGCGCGAGUCCAAAAUGCUGAGACCAAUACCUGCAAUGCCCCCACAUACGACCACUCCCUCAUACGCACGCCCGAAGGCCUGAACUCCAAGCAUCAACAACUGAUCGUCGACCACCAGCAGGUAGCUGUGUCCCUGCAGAUGUGCUCCGACGAGGAGCGAUACAACAAGGCGGCCGGAGGCCUCGCCGUCUAUUCGAAGGCGGACGUUGUCCUCCUCGGCGACGUUCUCGUAGCACUGGACGCGCACACGGCACGCUGGAUCGUCGACAACUGGCCGAAGAGUGAUCAAGGACGCACGGUCUUGCUUGUGACUCACAACAUGGCCAUGGCGAGCCCUAUCGCUGACUUCAUUGUGUCAUUUGGUAAUGACGGCCGCGUCUUCAAUCAGGGAUCAUUCUCGAAGAUGAUUGCGAAGGACGACACGCCUCAUCGGAGGGCAGCGCGCAGGAAGACCAUUGCCCUCAUCAUGCGUGCUCCCCACAUUCUCCCCGAUUCACCGACCCCGUUCGUCCACCUCGAGAACACUUCCGAGCCCACCAGGACCUCUCCCUGCUAUCAAGAGACGAUGGCCGACUUUGAUGAGUACGGCGCUGUGCGCGCCGCCCGCCCGCCACGCAUGCACGGCGGCUCUGGCGCGGGGCGCUCCCGGACCACCACCUCACGGCUGGAUGCAGACGGGCAUGCGCUCGCCAUACACUCGUACGUGUUUGACGCGACGCUGGAGAAUCCGCCGUUCUCGGCCGCGACACACGCCUCUUCGACCUCCGCGAGUAGCACCCCAUCUCCCCCGCCCAGCCUCUCCCCUGGGAGCCGAGCAACGCGAUGGACGAGGGCGCUCUGGACGCCUACCGCCCCCGCUCCUUUCUGGACGUGUGCGCCCGUCGCCGUCCAGCAUACGCGCUCUCGCGCGCGCGGCGAGAGGUGCAAAGUGCACAUGUGGAGGUGGGGCAUGUCAGAGAAGGUCUGCGGGAGCUCGACCCCGAUUCGGAAUGGGAGGUCGGCUGAGCAGUGCAGCGCCGGUCUAGUCUACCCUCACUCCGCCCCCGCGAUCCUCCACCGCCAACUCGCUCUCUCGCGCACGCAAGACGGCGAUAGCGCGCGCACGGGUGGGCUCCUGGACGCCUGCCUCACUCCUUCGAACUUCCGCAGGUUUGAUGGUCGUGGUUUCGUGGUCGUGGUCGUGGUCGUAGUGGUCGUGGUCGUGGGAUAUGUAGAGGUGGUAGGGAGAAGUAGUAGUUGA